UCUACACAGCUCCCCUGACAUGUAGACCUAUCGCGGUAGGUAGAACAGGUACUGUCAUAUUUGAAAAAGUUUGUAGGCCUACUUCUACGUUUUCAAAUGUACUAGCUGGGGAUUUUUGUGAGUCGGUCUAACCUGGAAAGAAGGCUUUAGUUAUUGUAGCCUAAACCGAAAAAGCACAAGUUUAAACUAAGGCUAGGCCUACUUAAGAAAAUAUGGAUUUCCUAGCAGGCUGCAUUGGAGGGCUACUCACUGGCACCUGGGUUUGUCACUUUGCUGUCCCCCACAUUGAAUCCACGUGGUGAACGACAACAUUAGAGACAGCCUGACGUAACCCGGAAGUUACCAAUCAGAGUGAAGGUGACCGAAGAGGGGGAAGUUGUGAUCUUUUCGCCUCACCGAUUGGACAGACUCGUUCCUAACAAUGACGCAUCUACACAGCUCCCCUGACAUGUAGACCUAUCGCGGUAGGUAGAACAGGUACUGUCAUAUUUGAAAAAGUUUGUAGGCCUACUUCUACGUUUUCAAAUGUACUAGCUGGGGAUUUUUGUGAGUCGGUCUAACCUGGAAAGAAGGCUUUAGUUAUUGUAGCCUAACCGAAAAAGCACAAGUUUAAACUAAGGCUAGGCCUACUUAAGAAAAUAUGGAUUUCCUAGCAGGCUGCAUUGGAGGUGCUGCUGGAGUCUUGGUAGGACAUCCAUUUGAUACCGUGAAGGUCAGACUUCAGGUCCAGAGUGCGGAGAAGCCGCUUUACAGAGGGACCUUCCACUGUUUCCAGUCCAUCGUACGCCAGGAAUCGAUGCUGGGGCUGUAUAAGGGCAUUGGUUCACCCAUGAUGGGCCUGGCGUUCAUCAACGCCAUCGUGUUCGGUGUCCAGGGCAACACCAUGCGCUUCCUGGGUCACGACACGCCCAUGAACCAGUUCAUGGCAGGCUCAGCAGCAGGGGCCAUCCAGUCUGUGAUCUGCUGCCCCAUGGAGCUGGCCAAGACACGCAUGCAGAUGCAGGGCACAGGCGAGAAGAAGAAGUCGGCGCGGAAGCUCUACAAGAACUCGCUAGAUUGCCUGGUGCGCAUCUACAAGCGCGAGGGCCUGUUGGGUAUCAACCGCGGCAUGGUGACCACGCUCCUCCGUGAGACGCCUUGCUUUGGUGUAUACUUUCUGACCUAUGACCUGCUGACGCGCAGGAUGGGUUGCGAGCCCGACGACCCUUACAUCAUCCCCAAACUGCUGUUCGCUGGUGGCACGUCGGGCGUUACCUGUUGGCUCUCCACGUAUCCGGUGGACGUGAUUAAGACGCGUCUGCAGGCGGACGGUGUGGGGGGCGUGUAUCGCUACAGCAGCAUCAUGGACUGCGUGCGGAAGAGUGUGGCCAACGAGGGCUGGAUGGUGUUCACGCGCGGACUCACCUCCACGCUGCUCCGAGCGUUCCCUGUUAACGCCGCCACCUUUGCCACCGUCACACUCGUGCUUAUGUACGCACGUGGCGAGACCAGCGGGGCCGGUGACUGUGAGUCUGCCCCGGUGGAGACGCAAACGCAACACAGCAGCUCCCUGCAAACGCUCCCAGAUACAGUGCAGACUUCACCAGAGUAAACAAGACACCUAGAUGUAAGACAUGUCCCAUAUAUACUGUAUGCAGCUAAAUUUAUUUUUGUUUUCUGUCUUUUACUAUGUGCCUAAAUGAUGGUUCUGAGCAGUGAUCCAGAGCAUACAUAAGAAUGGAUUUCUUUUUUCUGAUUAAAACACUAAUCUGGUUCUGAUUCACUGGAUAUUGGGCACUGCAGUGAAUACAGGGGUGCAGUUCAUACAUGUUUUUUUUAUUAUAAUUUGCAUGAAACACUUAUUUGCAUAAAAAAUGUUUAUACACAUUGCGGCUAAUGCAUAGGAGCAUACAGUAUUAUUCAAACACUCCAGGCAGAUUCAUGUAGCAUAACAAACAUAUUUUCUAUGUAAGCCCAACAACAUCCAGGGGAUUUUAUUAUUCUUAAAAAAAAACAACAAAAAAAACAUAAAUUGUUAUUUAUGUAUGAGAUGUAUUUAUGUUUGAAGUUUUCUAUCAUUUCUGCUUUUAGAGCCCAAACUACCUCUUCUAAAUAAAUGAUGAGGUAAACAUGAAAUGAUGGUGUUCCUUUGGAAAACACAUUAUUAUACUAUAUAUAAUAAAGAUAAUGACAAGAACAAGGCUAUAAUAUCACAAAAAGGAAGAUAUUGGGGUUAACACCUGUCAGAUAUGUUACUUAUGCCUAUAGUUUAGAUGAGUGGACUUAGAUCUACACAGAGCUCUGUACUGUAUAGGCUCUUGUUUGGAUGAGAAGAGUCUGUUUCCCCCACCGCUGUAAAUAUAAAAGUAAAUGCUGCAAUUUCAUGAGCCCUUGGAAAGGUUCAAAGAUGUCUGCAGUAAAGAGGAAUCAGGCUGAUGAUAGAGGACUUAAUGAAUGUACUGUAAAAUGGAGAGAGAAUCUAAACUGGAGGAGUUUAGAACGCACAAUUGCCCCAAUAACUUUGGGUGGAGAAAUAAAAACUGGAUUGAAAAGAUAGGCUACUGCUAGAUAGGCUACUGCUAACCGAGGAUGAUUAUGAUUAUGAUGAUGAUGAUGAUGAUGAUGAAGAUGCUACUGAUGCUCAGUAGUUAGGCUGUCUCACUUGACAUAAAGUUUGGUCAAGGACAUGAUCAAAUAAAAUGGUUUAAAGUGGAAAGACACACAUGAUAGUGAGGCAAAGAUCCAGUGAAUACGGAAUGUCCAUAUUUUGUUUUUAAAAGAAUGUAAAUAUUGCAUUUUAAGUUUCAUGUUAAUAUAUUUAAUAUAUAUGAAUUUUGGUUUGAAAUGAACUGCUGUUGUUGGUUGGUUGAUUGUUGUUUUUAAACUAACCACUGUUAUUUUGUUGUUCUGGAUGUCACUGAAGAAUCAGCAAAUGUCGAGAGAACUGGAGCAAACUAUUUUUGUAAAGCAUUCAUAAAGAUUUACUUUAAAUGGGUUAUUAAGUGUAGUCAGCAUUAUGACUAUAUACUAUAUGUUGCUGGAACCAAAUUGUUUUUGCCUAACUGAAGUGACAUUCAAUUUGGAAAUAAAUAAAUAAAUUGAGCUUC